UUGAUCAAAAACGUUUUGCACUAAGGUGUUCUCUUUGUCUUGUACUCAAGCUACUUGAUACAUCAGGAUUAUGGCAAACACCAUAAAAUGGAUGUGGGACUACAGAAAUUAUGUGAUCACCAUUGUGACACCGCUUCUCAUCCUGCCUCUACCUCUUAUUGUCAACACUUCGGAGGCUAAGUGUGGCUUUGUGCUCAUCCUGAUGGCUUUGUACUGGUGUACAGAGUGUCUGCCACUGGCAAUAACUGCUCUCCUCCCUGUUAUCUUCUUCCCUAUGAUGGGUAUCAUGACAGCUGAACAGGUGGGAGUCCAUUACCCAGCAAGUCUAUAUUUCAAACAUUUGGAGAUUUUCGAACUAAUUUUGUGGGUGGUUAUUCUGCAGGUCUGUAUCCAGUACUUCAGUGAUAGCACCAUGCUGGGAGCUGGUGGGUUGAUGGUGGCCAUAGCUGUAAUACAGUGGAAUCUCCACAAACGCCUUGCCUUGGCCAUGGUUCUGGUGGUGGGGGUGAAGCCAGCACUGUUAAUGUUGGGGUUCAUGAGCAUCACAGCCUUCCUCUCUAUGUGGAUCUCUAACAUAGCCUCUACGGCUAUAAUGCUACCAAUUGUGCAUGCCAUGCUGGAGCACCUCAGUAAGACGGAGGCAGAGGAUGAAGAGAGGGAGCUACAGCAGCGCAGGGCCAUAAAGACUUUACAAGUCCAAGAGAGCAGGGAUGGAACUGACAACAUUCAUAAUCUUCCCAUAGAGGAGGAGCUGAGUCCUGAGGAACUGUUAAGCACUGAGCAGAGGAGGCUAAAGCAUGAGCAGAAGCAUCUGCGUCUCACAAAAGGAAUGAGUAUGAGUGUGUGUUAUGCUGCCAGCAUCGGAGGCACGGCUACCCUCACCGGCUCCUUACCCAAUCUCAUCCUCAAAGGCCAGAUUGACAAGAUAUUUCCAGAGAAUAGGGAUGUGAUCAACUAUGCCUCCUGGUUUGGGUUUUCGCUCCCCAACACAGUGCUGAUGCUGAUCCUCUCUUGGCUAUUGCUGCAGUUCAUGUAUUUGGGCUUCAAUGUAAAAAACACACUUGGUUGUGGAAUGACCAGAAGCAGUCAGCAAAAGACAUAUCAGAUGAUGAGACAAGAGUUUAGAAACCUCGGAAGCAUGAGCUUCGCAGAGUCCUGUGUGCUUGUGCUUUUCAUACUGCUAAUUCUGCUGUGGUUCACCAGGGAGCCAGGCUUCAUACCUGGCUGGGCCUCGCUACUCUUCAAUCAGGAAAAAAUGUUUGUAACAGAUGGCACAGUCUCCAUUUUUGUAUCCUUUCUGUUUUUCAUAAUACCCUCCAAACUUCCAAGAUGUUGGCAUACUGGGUCUUUAGACAUAACUGGCAGGAGUGAAGUAAAGACACCUGCCACCCUGCUAAACUGGGAUGUGGUGCAAAAGCUGCUGCCCUGGAACAUCCUGCUGCUGUUGGGGGGAGCUUUUGCACUUGCUAAAGGCAGCGAGAUAUCCAACCUGUCCUUUUGGCUUGGACAAAAUCUCCUGCCUCUGGGGAACAUCCCUCCAGUAGCUCUCUCCUUCAUGCUCUGCCUUGUGGUGACCAUGCUCACUGAAAUCUGCAACAAUGCCGUAAUCAGUACUGUUUUCCUGCCUGUUCUGGCCUCAUUGGCAAAUACUCUUAAGGUACAUCCACUGUCAAUCAUGCUGCCCUCCACCAUCAGCGCCUCAUUUGCGUUUAUGCUCCCAGUGGCCACACCACCCAAUGCCAUUACAUUCAACUACGCCAACCUCAAGAUCAUGGACAUGGUAAAGCCUGGGCUUGUACUGAACCUGCUGGGGGUAGUCUGCAUUAACUUUGCUGUCCAAACUUGGGGUUCUGCAAUGUUCCAUUUGAACGAGUUCCCUGCAUGGGCCAAUUUCACUAUCCAGACUCUUUAACUGAACACUUCUUCCUGCUUCUACCACCCUAUACCUGAGCACAGGAGAAGAAAGAAGGAGAACAACACAGAAAAAAAACUUAAAAGGCUGUGAACUACAAAAUGAAUGGAUUCCAAAGGUGGAGAAAGCUGUCCAGUUUUCAUAAGCUGUAGCCAAUUUUGUGGGCAGAAUGAUUUGUCUCACUUAAGGGACAUUAAUCUGUUCACAUACUACAUACCACACCAACACAUUGCCACCACUGGCCUGUACCAUUUACACACAGAAGAAUGGCUCUGGAGACCACUGGAGAUGCUUUUUCUUCUAGUUAACUGAUGACACCGGUGCUCAAAAUGAUCUUUGCCUGUUAUCUUUAUCUGAAAUGAUAUUCUGUGUCCAAAGUUAAAUUCAGGUGUUUCGGGCCAACAGUUGCAUGCAUCAGUGUCACAAUCAAAGUUACUAAAGUGAAUUAUUUUGCCAAUUCCAACACUAAAUUGAACAGUUAAUGCUAGAAAUGCCUAUCCACUUGGUUUAUACAAAAACACCAAUAUUUUGUGUUGUAUGAACUGGAAUGUACACCUCAGUGUAUUUAAAUUAUGUACUAUGUUUUAAACUUGCUCCUUACUGCAAAAUGGAGGAGUCAUGUAAGCAAGUC